AUGAGAGGGGUAUGACGGGCUGGCUUAAGCACCACAGCUGCUGAUCUCUGUUCAGUUCGUGCUCGACCGAGUAGUGCCAUCGCCGUUCGCUUAUAAAUAGGCAGCCUCCCCCCCUGCAUCGGCUUGCAUCUUCUCAUCUGACUUUCAUCCAACUCUUCAACUGCAUUCAGCUCUCAACUUAUACUCUGCCUUCAGCUCGUGUCCUCUUAUUCCUUAGCCAUCAUAGUUAAGACAUCAAGAUUCGCACACCACUUCGAUAUGAAUCCUCAUGGCAUCAAGCUAAGUUACCUCCAGGCCCUCUGUCGCCCUGGUGACCAUGACGAAGCCGAAACGCAUGACAGUCCUUGGGAUGUGGAGCAUUUCCCAGAAUGGCUUCAGGUCUCGUCAUUUUAUCAAGACAAAAUACCGAAGAGCCCAACUGUGAAGAAGCAGGACAAGGGAAAAAAGAAGAACAAGGGGAAAAAGAAGAACAAGGGAAAAAAGAAGGACAAGGGAAAAAAUCCCAUGCCACGGUGUCCUCCAAUCGUCUGCGCAUUUUGCUGUAGCCCUCAUAGUUCAAGCGUCGAUUCCGAGCCUCCUUCAUCCGUUACCCCGGACAGCAUGAUGCAAGCCGACACCUCCAUGUGGCCGAGACGAAAUAGUUGGGCAACCACUUCCGAGGCAUCUACUACGAGUGACAGUUCAAGCACUCCGAGUGACAGUUCAAGCACUUUGAGUGACAGUUCAAGCACUCCGAGUGAGAGUCCAAACACUCCGAGCGGGAGCCCAGGUCAUUCAACGUCGCCUAUGCUCCCAGACAGCGUUCCCCCGCCAAAUUUUCCGUUUGGAAAGGCAUUCAUUCUAUGUGAAGAAUGUAAACUAGCCUAUUCUAAUAAGCGAUUCCACUAUGAGCGUGCUUUCCCAGGAGUAGGAGGCUGGUGGUAUUAUCAAGUGCCCACUUUCAAUCUUCCCAUACGGCUUCAUCCAAGAAAUGCCACUGGCUUUGGCAGGCCAUCCUUUCCGUUUCCGAGCCCGCACCAGCCGCCCAUACCACGGGGAAUGGAAAAAGCACCGGUUUUCAAAGAAAUGUAUCAGCACAUAUUUGAAGUCUUUCAGGGAUGGAAAUUUACUGCCGUCGAAGUCGCACGAUAUCCCUACGUCAGCACAAAUGAGGCAAUUCCUUUCGGCGGGCUUCCAUCGUGGGAGUACAGAAUUGAGACAAUAUGCUAUCUUCCAGCAAAAGACGAUGGCACCGAGGGAAUUCCGCCACUUCCACUAUCAGUUCCAAAUGUGCCGAUUUUGGAUUUGGAUCAGUACAUCGUGGGUAACUAUGUGCCCCAUAUUAAGGACCGCAGAGCCGAUACCUACAGAUACUGCUCAGUGCAUCUCUAUUUCAGUUCGAUGAUGGGCAGAGGCGACGCCAAGUGCUUCUCAUAUCACAACGACAAGAUGUAUUUCAACCAAAUGAUAGAGCUACAGCUGGACGUUGAGUCGUUGGCCCGUAGAGUGGCCGUUGCUCUGGCGCUUUUGCAUUGGGUCGCCUGUAUCGAUGCCCGUGGAGUACAAUUUUUCCUAUUCAGCUCAUGGAAGAGCGUUAAGAGUCAACGCUCACAAGCUGGUUCUGAGCCCGGCCCGUCGCUCGAAUCUCUCCCUCAAGGUUACACCAUACUCCGAGUCGGUCACUUUGAGAAAGCCCGGACAAUAGAAAUGAAUGAAGACGGCGUGCAGUUGGCUGUGGACGCUGUGAAGCAGAGCCCCUACAUUCCAAGACCGAAUCAGAGAUUGUCGAUUCAGAAGCGGACGUGGGACGCUUUUGUCUCUAGCUACAUUGCGGCCUCUGAUUAUAUUCUGAGACAGAGGGGAGAGAGACUACGUUUGCCGCGCUACUUUAUUAACCAGGUAUUGCAGGAGCAGCGGGAUUGGUGGCGCCUAGAAUGAGCGUUCACUCCCAUUCCGUGCUUAGGUAUAACGAGUGAAAGCAUUGAUUGGGAUAUUCCGUUCUACAUGGUGACCGAGAUGGUGGUAAUGGUAAUGGAGGAGAGGGGAGGGCGGCUUAUACCAUCGAGGUACACAGACUUCUUACAAGAGUAGGGUACUGAUUAAGACUUUUGGUUACGAGGAUAGGGACACGUAUGAGAACGGAAUACAUAAAUGGUGUUUUGAAAAGCAUCGUCGCGUAGUAC